UUUUUUUUAAUUAUUACAGUUGAUAAUUUGACUACCCUAAUCUCAUUCACGCUUUCCCUCUCUCUUCUCUUCCGCCUACAGAGGAAGCUGGAGAAAGGUUCUGUAAAGCUUCUUCCUCCGUCUGUGUGAGCUGGUGAAAGAUGAGUUUGGUGAACAUUAAGGAUGUGUUGACUUCUUUCAGCCCUGCUCUUGACUAUCUCGCUCUUAGCUCCGGUGAUGGCCGUAUCAAGAUUUGGGAUACAGUCAAGGGCCAGGUCCAAACAGAGUUUGCUGAUAUUGCAUCUUCAGAGGAGACUAACAUUUAUACCAACGGUGGGAAAGGUCACCUCUCUGUUGAUUAUACUUGCAUGAAGUGGUUGUCUCUGGAGAGAAAGAAGAAGAGAAAACUUGGAACUUCUAUAUUGGUUUUGGGAACUGGUGGAGGAGAUGUUUUAGCACUUGAUGUUGCUUCUGGUCAGCUUAAAUGGAGGAUUAGUGACUGUCAUCCCGGUGGCGUGAAUGCUGUUUCAUCUUCUGCAAAGGCCUCCUGCAUAUACAGCGGUGGAGCAGAUGGGAUGGUUUGUGAAAUUGAUCCACAAAGUGGGAAUCUUAUCAGAAAGUUCAAAGCUUCAACAAAAGCAGUUUCUUCUUUAUCUGUUUCACCAGAUGGUAAAGUAUUAGCCACUGCAUCUGCUCAGUUGAAGACUUUUAAGUGCUCUGAUCUCAAGAAAGUACAGAAGUUUACUGGUCAUCCUGGAGGUGUGCGUUGUGUAGCUUUCACCGAAGAUGGAAAACACAUCCUUUCAUCUGCAGCUGGUGAAAGAUACAUUGCAGUGUGGAAAACAGACGGUGCCAAGAAGCAGUCAGCUAGCUGUGUCCUCUCCCUAGAGCACCCUCCUGUCUUCCUGGAUACUUGGUGUGAAGAAACUGAUGAAAAGGGGCUAUACGUUUUAGCGAUUUCAGAAGUAGGCGUCUGUUAUUUUUGGUACGGAUCAAACGUUGAGGAGCUAGGGAAUGCCAAACCUACAAAAGUCUCGUUAGCAACUGAAGAUUCUUUGGUUAGACAACAGCACAAGGGGUCGUUGCCUGUAAUCUUUGCUGCGAAGUUGCAAGGCGUUUUGAAGCCUGGCUCUGCGAAUGCGUUUAUUGCGUCUGGAUUGUUGGUGAAACCAUCGUUUCAGAGAAUGGUGUUGCGGUUUGGUGACGACUUGGUGCUUAAUGCCUCCAAGAGUGGUAUCCUUCUCCCCAUCACUCAGUCAGUUUCUAAGUCUAAGAAGGGGCACGGCGCUCAUAAUAAAGUUACAACAUUAGACCGGGCACAUGCGGAGGAUGCUUUGCUACCAAUCGCAAGAGUUGCUGAUCUGCACGAGAAGAAGAGUGUACAACCACACUCAUCUGAUAAGGAUACAGACAUGAUUGACCAAAGUCAAGCGGAUUAUGAAGAAACAUUUAGCAUGGAGGAUAAGCUGAGAUCAUUAGGGAUACUUAAAGGCACAGAUGAAACAAGCAAUCCUUCCUAUGCUUCAGUAAUUGAUGGAAUUGAUCUUGAGUCUUAUCUACAACCAAAGAAGUUGAAGGCUGCUGUUUUGUCAAUGGAACCCUCCACUGCAUUCAAGACUAUGGAAGCUCUGGCUGCCAUGUGGCAGACAAGAGGAUGUGGUGGAAAGUAUCUUCUUCCAUGGAUAUACAGCAUAAUGGUGAAUCAUCGCCAUUACAUCAUUUCCCAAGAACCAAAAAAUCAACAGCUGCUUACUACAUUGCAUAAGAUUACCAAGACCAGAGGAACGGUUCUUCCACCGUUACUACAGUUAUCUGGGCGCUUACAACUUGUUACAGCUCAGAUCAAUAAAGCUGCAGGGAAUGAAACACAAACAAGGGUUCAUGAGCAAGAGAUUGAUAAUGAAAGUGAAGAUGAGGAGGAGGAAGAAGAUGUAGAAGAGCAUUUCUAUGGUGAGAAUGAUGAUAAUGAAUCAGAUUUAAGCAGCGAUGAUGGAGAGGAUAAAGAUGAUACCUUGAUGGAAGAGAUAUAAUAAGUGUAGAAGAGAAGAGAUAGAAGCUUUGACUCUUCACAUGAUUUUGUCCUUUUCAGUUAUUCCUCAAAAUCUUGUCUUAGUAAGACAAUUACAUCAUAAAACAAAAUUAACUUUUUGAAUUAAGAAAAUCUAUCAGACCAGCCAA